CCUUUAGAGUCGUGACCUAACGUUUUUCGAGGUCAUCCCCUUUAGAGUCGUGACAGCACGUUUUUCGUUGUCCCACCAAUAGAGUUGUGAACUCUGUUAUUAAACAUCGUGCUAUGAAACGUGACAAUCAAGUCCAGGCUCUUUUGCUCUGUGUGAAGGUAAAUGUGUAACAAUUAUUCAGCAGGAAUUUGUAUCGCUAAACUAAAUAAAAUCGUCUUGCUUAGAGCCCGCAUUGCGGGCUUAAGAGACUAGUGAGAAAUAACGGUACUAUGCAAAAAUUUGGUGACCCCGGCUUCCAUCGAAGGAAAGCAUUUUCCGGUAUAGCCCCAGACGUACUCCAUUGUACUACGCGACCACCACAUAAAUGCACCCGUCAAAUCUCACUCAUACUUUUCUUCCCCACAACCAUGUACCAAAGGUAUGUACCUUUUUUAACGAAAUCAUGAUAUGAUGAGUUACAUUAUGUAUGUAUUCUGUAUGUACAAUUAUCUUAUAUAUGGACGACUUUAGGUGAAGGGUGAGUUGAACCCUUUUCCACUUUGGCUUCGUCGAACAGAAUGGAAUGGAACAUCAUCAUCCAUAAAUACGUUGAUACGAAAUCUAUGUAUGUAUAUUUAUCGAAAAAGGGUUUUAUGUGCGUAUCUCUAUGUAUGUACAAGAUAUUUUACCCACUAGUUAUUUUUAACGUGCAACCGUUAAGUUUUGUAUAGGGUAGCAUGUCAUGUGAUCACUUCAUAAUGACGUCUUCAUUUGUACAUACAUAUCUGUAUGCAUGUAGCACAUGCAUCUCAAGCAAGCUGAUAUUUUUAUUUCUAAAUCGUGAAUAAUUUGCAUCAUGGUGUGACAUAAUCUACCAAAUAAUAAUAAUAAGGUACAUAAAAUAAAAUUUAGAUGCACAGUAACAAGUUAAUGUUCAUACAUAAUUUACUCUAAGUGAAGUGUUUCUUUUUAAGGACUUAGACAGAAUUCGAAAAAAAAAUCAAAAUGAAUUCCAACAACGCUAGUCCUCAUACCCUCCUUCUGCUUCCUGAGAUCUUGGCAAAAAUUGUGACCUUCCUCCCCAACUCGGACCUUAUUUCGUGCACCUUAAUCAACACCGCGUGGGAACAGGAAGUACGGAAACGGCUCCACGUCGUCCGCCGGCUUGUUCUGACUCCAACAAAUCUUGUCAAGUACGAAGAAGUUAAUACCAGGGGAGAAAACUUCCCCAGAAAUAUUGCGCUGUACGAUUUCAAAAAUCUCAGUUUCCAGGGUCCAUUAGCAUCUCUUAUUUUCAAACAUGGCCACAAAGUAAAAACCUUGAAUAUAGAUUUCGUCCUGCCGAACAACAAGUGGCCGCAAUAUUUCGAAUCUGUCGCGAAAGCUUUCCCCACUCUGAAUUCUCUCAAAUUAAAUGUAUCCCUCACCAAGGAGGAUAAUUCAAAUCAAGGAAGCUCAUUCUAUGAAUCGUACCUCCCGCCAAGACCGUAUUCCUUCCCGAAACUUACGAAACUAGAAAUCAGCUCGUUCCAGGAGGAAGUUAAGGCAAUAUUGGUCUCGAUGACGCCCCAAUUUAUCCCGCUAUUUCCAAGUCUUGUAGCGCUCUCUUUCACCGGAAUCUAUCACCCUGAUCUUCUAAAUUUGGCGGGAACCUUGACAUCUUUAAAGUUGAUCAAUGUCGACUUUGCUACCGCCCCCAGGACACAAAACCUUGCAAAUCUGACCCGGGUAGAAUUAGGACAUACCUGGGGCGCUCUGCCCCAGGUUCGGCACUGCUUAAAAUUACCGCGAGCACGAUACAACACGUGAAACUAUUCGUAAUGACGAAUGUUGAACGGUCCUACAUUCUACCCGAAUUUUUCGAUGAUGUCAUAGUUUUUCCGAUAAUGGGAAAAUUAAAGGAUUUCGUCCUAGUACAAAAUCAGACGAAAAAUUGGUACAAAACUUUUCAUGUGACACCAUGCAUUGAUUUGAAAUUUGAGGGGGCUGAUAGCUUCAGGCGGUUAGAUUAUGAGGUUCAGUUUCCCGUUUUGGAAAGGAUCAAAAUUUCUCGGGAAGAAAAUUGUGGGUAUCGGGACAGAUUGACUGAGCAGGAAUAUUUCGAAACCAGCGUGUCAUUUUUGUACAAUUCGUUCCUCCACGAGAGUAAUUCGAGAGGGGAGAGUGUGAAAUACUUUGAUGUCGCAUUUCCCCCGGGGACAAGUUUAAGUUGGUGAGAAUAGAGGAAUGUGUGGGAAAGUGCGGGAAGGGAUUCGGUUUAUGUGAAUGUUUCGAGUGGAGGGAUUCCAGCCAAUUUUGGGACAGGGUGCUGGCCGUUUUUCCUAAUUUGGUGAAAUACGCGGUUAUGGAUGGAGCGCGGGACAGGGCGAGGACGGCAGAGGUGAAACAAUGGGUCGAGUUAGGGGAAAAGUUGGGCUUUGUGAAGACGGUUAAACGUGAGGGAGCGAAAGCAAGGGCAGAUUUGAAUUUGGGCGACGAGAUAUGUCUCGAGGUGACGGAACGUGUUAAAAUAUUGAAGAAGUAAACUAUGGUAUCUAUAUUAUAAGCUGCAAAUGUUUGUCUGCAACGGAAGUGCAAGUAAUUUUCCAUGACGGGAGUGAAAGUAGAGAAAGUUUCAUUUCCCUUGCCAACAGACAUUCCCAGCCAAUUAUAUAGAUAAAAUAAAAUAUAAUUCGGUCAAAUCAUGAACAAUCCGAUUUAAUUUUCAGGGAAAUAAAAUAAGCUCUCGCCCGGCGGGAGAUGAGCUUACAUGCUAGUAUGCAAUAAUAUGCAUUUGUGUGUACUAACUAGCUAAUAAUUGGCAGAGUUUGCAAUUAGCAUAGAAAUCGUCGUAGUGCAGAUUCCACAUAAAUCUCGAAAUUUCCUUCAUGAGGCAAUUUACAUAUACAUACACUUAUAUACACAAAGUAGUAGGUCUUUAAUAUGUAUUUUAUUGUUCACGAGGAUACCACAUACUUUGACUGUUUUUCAAUUUAUAUAUUUGUAUUUGCUUCACAACAGCAUGAGCACCUUACGCAAUGAGAUAAUAAGCAUUAAACUAUAUAUGUUACAUACAUACUAUAUCGUAUUAUAUAAAUUUUACAUUGAGAUAAAAUAUCAUGUUGCAGACAUAUGUAAAUAUUGCAUGAAGAUAAAAAA